AUGCCAAAAAUGCAUGAAAAAUCUUUCGACAUAAUAGAAGCUGUGGAAAAAGGGGAUUGGAAUGUAAUUGACCAAUUUGUAGCUGAAGGUGAAGAUAUCAAUGCCAGCUUAAGGGAAACUGGACCUUUAGCUGGGUACACUGCUCUACAGUUCGGAAUCUUAUAUGAAAAUUAUAUAUUCAAUAUGAAAAUAUUGGUGAAAUGGAUAAAAACCUACGGAGCAAAUGUAAAUUGUGUGGGUAUUAAUGGUGCUCAGCCAAUUUACCUAGCUUGUUUACAAGAAAACUUUGCAAUGGCUGAAAUUUUGUUGCAAUUUGGUGCUGAUGCUAAUGCUGAGUUUACUAAAGAACUCGUUAAAAAAUACCAAUUUUCAAAGGAUUGGAAAUGGUCUGAUGAGUUUGGUAAAAUGACGCUCUUUGUUUUCUAUACCAUUAAUAAAAAUGACACGAUAUUGAGAACAUUAUUUCGAUACAAAGCCAACGUUGAAAUUAUCGGGAAAAAUAACAAGACACUGCUGAUGUAUAGUCUUCAAAUAGCAUCAAUAAUCCAUUUCAAUCUGUUUACUAGAGAUAAUACCAAGUGCAAACCGGAAUUUAUCAAUGCUAGAGACGAUUAUGGACGUCAUGCUGUUCACUAUUUGCUGCCAAAUGAAAAAUUCGGGGAAUUUCGGUACUUAAAACGAACUGACGUAUCCUACUUUGUAUAGGAGUUGAGAAUAGCUGGAGCAGAUAUCAAUGCUAUGAUUGAUAAUCAUCCGGAUACUCUCUUACUCAACAAAGUUGCCUACAGAUGCGACUACGAUACGUUGGAGGACUUGCUAAAACUGAGAUAUCCUAUUCCUGCUGAAGGUAGACCUUUACACUACUUUAUGAUUCCAGUUGAUCCUAAAACGUUUGUUAAAAACUCCAAUCACAGAAGUAAGGUAGAAGAUAAAAGAAAUAUGUGUCUUAAGUUAAUCCUGGAGAAUUAUACCCUGAAACGUGAAUUUGGAGUCUUUGUUCAUGAAGAAGAAAUAAAAUUAAUGGACCAACUAAUUGCUAAAGAGACGAAAGUUAAAAAGAUUGUAAAACACUUUAAGAAAUAUUUUAUUAAUUAUUGUUUGACUGAACACUUCAGUGACAGUAUGACUUUCUAUGAUCUUGUGAUUAAGGUUUUUAACAAGAGAAGUUUGCAAUUGUUGGUAAAAGAUGAUCAAUUUCUUAAAGACUACGAUCGCUCCUAUGUCAGCAAGAUCCGAAGAUGGUAUGAUCAGUUCUUGCUUCAUCAAGCAAUGUAUUUAAAAAUUCUGAAUGCUUAUAAGCGAAGGGAGCUUAUGGAGAUAGUUGAGAAUAUUUCACAGCUCACGGUAGUUAUUCCUCUGCCUUAUGAAAUUAUUUUGAUAAAUAUUGAGUAUCUUGAUAAUGAUAAUUUUAAAAACUUUGUCAACUCUUUCUACAAAUCUUCCGUUUGCAAAUAA